AUGCCUCCCAACCUCACCGGCUACUACUGCUUUGUCUCGCAGAAGAACUUGGAGAACUACCUGCAAGCUCUAAACAUCAACAUGGCUCUGCGGAAGAUCGCGCUGCUGCUCAAGCCAGACAAGGAGACUGACCAUCGGGGCAACCACGUGACAGUGAAGACCCUCAGCACCUUCCAAAACUAAGUUCUGGAAUUCGAGGGGGGAGUGGAGUUUGAGGAGGACUUGAGGAUCACGGAGGGACGGAAGUUCCAGGUCGGUCCAGAGCCCUCUGCUCAGAAGAAACUGACCAACACGGACCAGAGGUCAGGAUCGGUGUGUGCCCUGAAGCAGAGGACCCUAUGCUGCCCGAGGACUCAGGCCCCACGUCCUGGGUCCCCAGAGACUGACCUGGAGCUGUCCCAGAGCUGCGACCAUGAUCGUGGACAGGCCAGGAUCAGGGAGACCUUGCAGGUCCAGCAGGAGGUGAAAGGUAGUGGGUGA